CUCCAGCUGCCCCCACCUCCUCUCCUCAUCUUCGCCCCCACCACCGCGACACGCUCCGCCCGCGAUCUCCACGCGCCUCGUCUGCCCGGAGAUCCCCACAGCCAGCCAUGUCUUCCUCGGACAACCCCGACACGGUCACCGACCGCGGCCUGUUCGGCGGCAGCAGCAAGAAGGACGAGGACAAGAAGAAAGCGGAGGACAAGGAGGAGGACGGCGGCGGCGGGUUCAUCGAGAAAGUCAAGGACUUCAUCCACGACAUCGGCGAGAAGAUCGAGGAGGCGGUCGGGUUCGGCAAGCCGUCGGCGGACGUCUCCGGGAUCCACGUCCCGCACAUCGGCCUCCACCGCGCGGACCUCGUCAUCGACGUGCUCAUCAAGAACCCCAACCCGGUGCCCAUCCCGCUGGUCGACAUCGACUACCUCAUCGACAGCGACGGCCGGAAGCUCGUCGCCGGCCUCAUCCCGGACGCCGGCACCAUCCACGCGCAUGGCGAGGAGACGGUCAAGAUCCCGAUCUCCAUCUCCUUCGACGACAUCAAGGACACCUACGGCGACAUCAAGCCGGGCAGCAUCAUCCCCUACCUCGUCCGCGUCGUCCUCCUCGUCGACGUCCCCGUCUUCGGCCGGAUCAAGAUCCCGCUCCAGAAGGACGGCAAGAUCCCCGUCCCCUACAAGCCCGACGUGGACGUCGACAAGAUCAAGUUCCACCACUUCUCCUUCGAGGAGACCACCGCCACCAUCCACCUCAGCCUCGAGAACAAGAACGACUUCGACCUCGGCCUCAACCUGCUCCAGUACGAGAUGUGGCUCGGCGACGACAGCGUCGUCAACGCCGAGCUCACCGAGUCCACCAAGAUCGACAAGCAGGGCAUCACCAAGAUGCAGAUCCCCUUCAAGUUCAGGCCAAAGGACCUCGGCUCCGCCGUCUGGGACAUGAUCAGGGGCAGGGGCACUGGCUACACCAUCAAGGGCAAGAUCGAUGUCGAUACUCCCUUUGGGAACAUGAAGCUGCCCAUCGACAAAGUCGGCGGAACCACUAAGCUCAAGAAGGACGAUGACGACGACGAUGAUGAGGAGUGAAGUACUGUUACUGAACAUACAAGGUCCUGCAAGGGAAUGACUACCCAUGCCCUUAGCGCCAGCUGAAUACCUUUGUUGAUGGCAUCGUCUGAACAUCGUCCGCGUUUUAUGCUUCGCUGCAGCGGUGCUCAGUGUUCUUUGUGGAAACUCGUGUAGUGUGUAUUCUUCCUGUGUUAACUUUGUGUCUAGUGGAAACGAACCUGAGAAUAAAAUUCCAUCACCCCUUGUUGUUUGUGGGGUUAGCCAAA